AUGUCUAAGAAGUUCGAGAUGUCAGAUCUAGGUAAGCUAACGUACUACCUUGGCAUAGAGGUGAUUCAAGGAGCAGACGGAAUCAGAAUAAAACAAGAGAGGUAUGCUCAAGGAAUCCUGUGUGACACAAAGAUGGAAGCGUGUAACGCAACUCAAAUUCCAAUGGAGGCGAAUUUGAAGAUCUCAAAAGCUGAAGAUGAGCGAGAGAUAGAUGCUACCGAGUUCAGAAGAAUCAUAGGAUGUUUGAGGUAUCUGCUUCACACAAGACCCGACCUGUGUUACGCAGUAGGUGUUCUUAGCCGAUACAUGCACAAUCCGAGAGACUCUCACGGACAAGCCAUCAAACACAUAUUGCGGUAUGUGAAAGGAACAACAAACUACGGUCUGUUCUUCAAGAGAGAUGGGUCAAGGAGUGUCGUUGGUUAUAGUGACAGUAGUCACAACAUUGAUCUCGGUGACGGGAGGAGCGCGUCAGGACAUGCAUUCUACUACGGUUCAUCACUGAUUACUUGGACGUCGCAGAAGCAGCAGACGGUUGCAUUGUCAUCAUGCGAAGCAUAA